AUGGAUCCACGGGGCCUUCUCCUCCUCCCCCUGCUGCUCCUCGCCGUUGCCGCCGUCUCUGUAGAAGCAGAGGGGCAGACCUACUUCCCGCUGUAUCCUUACUGCUCGACCAGGGACAACUACGCGGAGGACAGCCAGUACCGGUUCAACCUUCUCGCCCUGUUCGGCGACCUCCCGUGGCGCGCCAUCAGCAACCGCGGCUUCUACGCCGGCACGGCCGGCGAAGCGCCCGACGAGGUGUUCGGCCUCAUGGGGUGCUACGCGGAUAGCAGCUGGACCGCGUGCCAUGACUGCCUCUACGCGGCGGCCGCCGGGAUACAGCUAUCGUGCCGGUACAGCCGGCAGAUGAAGGGCGCGUAUGACGCGUGCGUCCUCCGCUACUCCAACCGGGCCUUCUUCUCCGUCGCCGACCUCAGCAUCGCCUUCAACACGUCGCUGGACUCCCACGUCGCCGACCCGGCCAGCAUGAACGCCACCAGGUGGGACCUCAUCACCCGGCUCGCGUGGGAGGCCUCGCGUUCGCCUCUGCGGUUCGCCAACGGGAGCAUGCCGUGCACGGUGAACGGGACCUCGCACAUGAUGCACGGCCUGGCGCAGUGCACCAGGGACCUUAACGCCAGCGAGUGCAGCAGGUGUCUUACGGAAUUCGUGGCAGCCCUCUCGGAUGUGCGCCCCAACAACAUCAAAGGUGGCGUCAAAGGUUACAGCUGCUACGUAGCGUACAGCAUCGGUGACGACCUCAAAAUUACCAUUCCGCCACCAGCCGAAGAAGCUACACCAUUUUCUUCCCACCAAACCGGUAGAAGGACACAACUGAUGGCUGGAGCCUAUGCAAGUUCAGUCGUCAUGGUUAUUAUCUCCAUGAAUCUCUUGAUUUGGUUUUUUAUACGGCGGAGGCUAAACCGCAUGGCCAGAGAGGAAAAGGUAGAUGCUUUGGAAAAUGAUCCAUUAGAAGACGACUUCGAGAAAAGGACUGGGCCAAAGCGGUUUCUCUACAGCGAUCUUGCCAUUGCCACCAACAAUUUUUCGGAUGAGAAGAAGCUCGGGGAAGGAGGAUUUGGAUCGGUGUACAAAGGAUUUUUGAAGGAGCUAAAAGUUGAGGUAGCUAUAAAAAAGGUGUCCAAAAGCUCCAAGCAAGGAAGGAAGGAGUACAUCUCCGAGGUGAAGAUCAUAAGCCAGUUGAGGCAUCGGAACCUCGUGCAACUCAUUGGCUGGUGCCAUUGUGGUGACGAGCUCUUGCUUGUCUACGAUAUUAUGCUCAAUGGCAGCCUCGACACCCAUCUUUACAGUUCAAGCACUAUAUUAUCGUGGCCACUCAGGCUUGAGAUAGUGCUCGAUUUAGGAUCAGCACUCGUGUAUCUACAUCAGGACUGGGAGCAAUGUGUUCUACACCGGGACAUCAAGCCAAGUAACAUCAUGCUCGACUCGUCGUUCCAUGCAAAGCUUGGUGAUUUUGGUUUGGCGCGGCUCGUCGACCAUGGACGAGCACCAUACACGACAGGUCUUGCAGGAACGCUGGGCUACAUGGACCCUGAGUGUAUGGUCACUGGAAAGACCAGCGCCGAGUCUGAUGUCUAUAGCUUUGGUGUGGUUCUCCUCGAGAUCGCUUGUGGCAAGCAGCCAGCGGUGGCUCGUGAAGAAACCGAGGACGUAAUUCACCUUGUACAAUGGGUAUGGGAUUCACUUGGAGGUGGAAGGAUCCUUGAUGCAGCAGAUCCGCGGCUCGGCAUGGUGUUCGAUGACCGUGAGAUGGAGUGUGUGAUGGUAGUUGGGCUCUGGUGUGCCCACCCUGACCUCAACCUAAGGCCAUCCAUCAAGCAGGCUGUCAACGUGCUGCGGUUUGAGGCGCCACUGCCAAACCUACCCGCGAAAAUGCCGGUAGCAACAUUUAAGCCGACUAUUGAUUCUAUUAUUUCGGCUUCUCAACUGUCAGGUGGCAGAUAA